AAACUAACUAUUUCUUCUUUUGCUGUUUCAUUUGACUGUGUUUUUUAGCAGGCCUGGAGUGGGGUUUUUUUUUUUUUUUUAACUGAAAGGCUGAUCAUUUUGUUGGUUUAACGCAUGCCCGCCGUUGUCAAUCUGCUAAGGAAACAAAACGGGUCAGCCAAGGAAAUGUGUCAGCUAAUGCUAAUUGCUAAUGGUCGCUAGCUGCCCGCUACCUGAGGCGAGAGCUCUGACAGAGACGCCUCUUCGGUUUUAACGUACAUCCAUCAGCAGCAGUCAUCCCGUGUGUUCGACGUCGAUAACAACCCCGCCGCGUAUUCGGUAGCACCAUGGCCAGUCUGCUUUCAAUGCAAUGGGUUGCCUCUCUUAGAAAACCUAGAAGUCUGAGUCGCUUGAGGACGGCCGCACGGGGAGUCGACAAGCGAAGCUACAGCGGUGAAAAGGCGUCUUCAGUCGAAUAUUUACAGCGAAGUGUGGUGCCAUCGAUGCAUUACCAGAAAAGCUUGCCGAGGCUACCUGUACCAAAACUGGAGGACACUAUCAGGAGGUAUUUAGCUGCCCAGAGGCCUCUGUUGGAUGAUGACCAGUUCAGGACAACAGAGAAACUUGCACAGGAUUUCCAAAGUGGUGUGGGGAAACAGCUGCAUGAGGAACUGGUAGCCCAGGAUAAAACCAAUAAGCACACAAGCUACAUCUCAGCACCAUGGUUUGAUAUGUACCUAUCUGCACGUGACUCUGUGGUGCUGAACUUCAACCCCUUCAUAUCCUUGAAUCCUGACCCUAAGACGCAGUACAACGACCAGCUUAUACGGGCAACUAAUAUGGUGUGUUCAGCAGUGCGCUUCAUGAAAACGCUUCGAGCUGGAUUACUGGAGCCAGAGGUUUUCCAUCUAAACCCGGCAAAGAGUGACACAGACAGCUUCAAGAAGUUCAUCCGUUGGGUGCCUUCCUCUCUGUCUUGGUAUGGAGCCUACAUGGUGAAUGCAUACCCCCUGGACAUGUCUCAGUACUUUCGCCUCUUCAACUCAACUCGGAUUCCCCGGUGUGGGCGAGAUGAGCUCUUCACCGAUGAGAAAGGACCACAUGUCCUAGUUAUGAGAAAAGGUAACAUGUAUGUAUUCGACAUUGUAGACAGGGACGGUAAUUUAGUGAAGCCUGCAGAGAUCCAGUCCCACUUGAAGUACAUUUUGUCUGACCCGGCACCAGCACCCGCCUUUCCUCUUGGUGUGCUUACCAGUGAGAACAGGGAUGUGUGGGCCGGGCUGAGGGACAAACUGCUAGCUGCUGGAAACACAGAAAAUUUACACAUUGUUGACAGCGCUGUUUUCUGUCUCUGCCUGGAUGAUGAUAGCAUGCGGGACCAUAUUCACACCUCCCACAACAUGCUGCACGGCGACGGCUGCAACCGGUGGUAUGACAAGUCCUUCAGCAUCAUUCUCACCAAAGAUGGACAGGCAGCCAUUAAUUUUGAGCAUUCCUGGGGUGACGGUGUCGCUGUCCUCCGCUUUCUGAAUGAGAUCUUCAAAGACACAACAGAGCAGCCACUGGUGCACCCAGGCUCUGUGGCUGCCGCUGUGGAUUCCGCGUCUGCUGUGCGCAGGCUGCAGUUCCAAUUGGACAGUGAGCUGGAGAAUGGCAUCCAAAAAGCGAAGGAGAGCUUUGAUUCAACAGUUUCAAAACUCACCAUUGAUGCCAUGGAGUUCAAGAAGGGUGGGAAGGAACAGUUGAAGAAGAGCAAGUUGAGUCCAGAUGCUAUCGCCCAACUUGCUUUUCAGAUGGGCUUCCUGAGGCAGUACGGAAAGACAGUAGCCACAUAUGAGUCGUGUAGCACCGCAGCGUUCAUGCAUGGCCGCACAGAGACAAUUCGACCAGCUACCAUACACACCAAACAAUGUUCGCACGCCUUUGUUUGCCAGCCAGGACAGCACAGUGUGGAGCAACUACGGGCCAUGCUCAAGGAAUGCUCAAAAUAUCAUGGACAGCUCACCAAGGAAGCAGCUAUGGGACAAGGUUUUGACCGACAUCUCUUUGCCCUGCGAUACCUGGCCAACUCAAAGGGCCAAGCCCUGCACAGCCUGUACACUGACCCCAGUUACGCCGCCAUCAACCACAACAUCCUCUCCACCAGCACCCUGACCAGUCCAGCCGUGAACCUCGGGGGCUUUGCCCCGGUGGUGCCUGAUGGGUUUGGUGUGGGCUACGGUGUCCAUGACGACUGGAUCGGCUGCAAUGUGUCCAGCUACCCGUCUCGCAACGUCCAGGAAUUCCUGCAGUGUGUCCACAAGUCUUUAGAGGACAUUUUCACAGUAGUGGAGGGAAAGCCACUCAGUUAAGAAACAAGUGUUUAUUAUCUUCACUGUUCUGAACAGUACAGUGAAGGUGAGUGCAGUCAUCAUUCUCAGCUUCUGCCUAGUUUAUUAAAUUUUCUGCGCAAGAUGUUGAAAGUGAGAUGAGCAAUAUAUUUUAUAAACCACAGGAGAAUAAAAGAAGAAUCACA